AUGUCCUGUUUCACAUACAGCACACUUGUUAUUUCACCAAAGAAAGAGAACUCACAAAACAGCAUGACCGAAAAUGAGCUUUACUCUGAGAGUUGGACACCUCUCUCAAGAGAUUCCUUGUCCUUGGGCGAAUGCUGUGACUUUGAGGCUGAGAAUCUGCUUAUGUGUGAGAUGGCCAGAUCAGUGCACAGUAAGGGUGUGUCUGUAGCUCAUAACAUUGCUGCUGGGGAUGACAUCAUGGGUGAUGAUGAGGACAACAAUACUUAUUGUGACCUCCAAGAGAAGAUGGCAGACAUUGACGUUGGUGUUGUUGAGUCAAACAUUGCCAGUUGGAGAUCCAUCCAGGAUCUUUCAGAGGCAGGAGGGGGCGAGGAUGAUGCAAAUAACCUUCAAAAUCCAGACAACAAUCCAAUUAUUCAUUGCAGUUCUGAAAGGAGUCUGGUGGCAUCGUGGAAUGAUCCAGAAAAAAUGUGCACACCUAUGAUUUUGAGUGGUUCAUCCAAACUUAUGUUGAAUAUGCUUUCAGAUAAUGGAAAGGACGUGAAAGAUCAGACUAUGAACACAGACUUUAACAUUCCAGAGGACACACGCAGAGAUGAAAGUGAUGAAAUAUCUUCCAAGCAGAUGCCCCAGGAUGUACAGUCUUGUCAAGGACCUGAGAAAGUUUCAACUUCAGACAUUUCCAAAGUUGACAUUUCUGAAUCUACAACACCAAUUACUAAAACAGUAAUUUCAGAAAAUCUUGGUCCCGUUUUAGAUCAAUAUCAUACAAACUUAGCAAACACUAACUCUGUCCAUGAAAACAAGCUCAUAUUCAACUUACAAGGAGGAUCAUUCGGCACAUUUACCCCCAGAAAGAAAUCAACCGAAUUAAAGAUUGCUAGUUCCUCAGAAGCUACAAAACAACAUAAAGAGACACCUUUAAGUUCCAAUGACAAGACUCCUGAAGCUGUAGGAGAAAAAGUAAAGCAACCAGAGGCAAAAAUAAAAAAUGAAGAGCUUAAUGAUGAAGGUAAAACAGCUGUCAAACAACUCCAUGGGCAAGAAACUACAACUGACCCCAAAAAUCAGAAGAGAGCUGAAAUUAUCUCACAUAGUGAAGACGACAAGGUAAUAAAAACAUGUCAGAAGAGAGAGGUACAAGACUUUACAGAUAAUGUUCCUCUUCUGGAGAUCAACAAACAACUUUCUGAUGCUGAAAGAGAUGAUGGAACGCCAAAAAAAACUGUGCAAAAUGCUAAUUCAAGUCAUGGCACCAAACCAAAGGUAUUGUGUGCCCUUGAAAACAACAAAGCAGAUUCAGGCUCAAAGGAUAAAAAAGAGAUCCAGUGCAAAGAGAGGGAAAUUGAAACUACAGCGAGUCAGUCAAAAGAGAUGAUGCAAAAAGAGGAUGUCUCUAUAGCAGAGAAACCCGAAUCUGUUCAAACCCAAAAACAAUCAAUUUUUCACUCCCCUGACUCUAGCUUUAUUGAUCCCAGAGAGUCUGUGGUCCCAACAAAAACAACAGUCCUUACAAAGCCUUAUGCUCAAGAAGAUCUUUCAGACAGUGUAGCUGGUUUGAGAGAAAGCACAAGAGACAUCAAUGACAAUCAUGUACGGCGCUGUCUAGCACUCAAGGAGGAGGACCUUUCUACCCCUAUACAGGAGUCACAGCCUACACAGGACGCCUUCGAAACAUCUGCUGUCUUCUCACACAUUCAGCAAGCUUCAGACAAACCCAUCCAGCCUGACCCUCGCCCUCUUCAAUCCACCAGAAUUAGCAGAAGGGAAUACUCAGCUUGGGAAUCAGAACAAACACCAACUUUGCUUCCUAUUCAAGACACAUGCCAUCAUGAGGGUAACAGAACAAACCAUGCCAAGACAUGCAGACAUGAAAACCCUCUAGUGUGUAAAGGACACCUAAAAGAGCUGUCCCAACCAACAACAUCUAUCGGACAAAGAGACAGUACUUGUGCUCAGAGAACGUUGAAUCAGUCAGAUGAGAGGGAGCUCCUACCAUACAUCAGUCCAAGACCAGACUACUUGGCAAAAACUCAACAGGCGCAUGCAGAGCGACACAGUAAAGAACAAGAUGUGUGUCCAAUUAGCUACAGAUCAAAAGGCUCUGAUGACGUGGGUCUCUCCUUCAAAAACAACAUAUGUUUAGGUAAUGAAACGGAUAGUGAUGGUUCGGUUCCCGCGCUAGAGGAACCCAGUGGACCCAUGCUAAGACCCUCAAACCCACAGUUACCAUAUUCUCCUGCGGAUGAAUCAGUGAGCAAAGCUAAGCAGAGUCGAAGUGAGAAAAAAGCACGUAAGGCGAUGUCAAAGCUUGGGCUGAAACAGAUCCAUGGAGUGACACGCAUCACAAUUCGGAAAUCCAAGAACAUCCUCUUUGUUAUCAGCCGUCCAGAUGUGUUCAAAAGUCCUGCAUCAGAUAUUUAUAUAGUGUUUGGAGAAGCCAAGAUCGAAGACCUGUCACAGCAGGUACACAAGGCAGCGGCAGAGAAAUUUAAGGUUCCCCUCGACCCCUCACCUCUGCCGUCUGACAUCACACCAAGUCUGACCAUAAAGGAAGAGAGUGAGGAAGAAGAGGAGCUCGACGAGGGAGGGCUUGAGCAGAGAGAUAUUGAGUUGGUAAUGGCACAGGCUAAUGUGUCUCGAGCUAAAGCUGUCCGUGCAUUGCGUCACAAUAAGAACGACAUCGUCAACGCCAUCAUGGAGCUGACCAUGUAGAAGAGGAUUAGACAUCUUCUCCCUUUUCGUGUUUUCCCUUAAAGGGACAGUUCACCCAAAAAUGAAAAUUCUGUCAUCAUUUACUCACCCUCUAGCUGUUCCAAACCUGUAUAAAUGUCUUUGUUCUGCUGAACACAAAGAAAGAUAUUUGAAAGAUUGUCAGUAACCAAACAGAUCUGACCCCCCAUUUAUUGCCAUAGUAGAGAAAAUAAAUACUAUGGGAGUCAAUGGAGGAUGAGAUCUGUUUGGUUACUGACAUUCACCCAAAUAUCUUUCUUUGUGUUUAGCAGAACAAAGACAUUUAUACAGGUUUGGAACAAUCUGAGGGUGAGUAAAUGAUGACAGAAUUUUCAUUUUUGGGUGAACUGUCCCUUUAAGUAAUGCUGCUAUAUUGCACCGCCCAAAUUCCUGCUGAAAUAAAUCUGUUACAACCAGAGCUGCUCGUUUCCCAACAUUGUCUCGAGUCUCAUCCAUGCACCUUAUAGAAAAAGUGGCAAUCUAUACAAUCGUCAUAUGUUUUAAACAUUUAAUAUUGCCUCAAUUGCUCAGUUGGUAGAGCAAAUGAUUGUAGAAAUAAAAGCUGAUAUCCUCAAGAUUGUUGGUUUGAAUCUGACUUCAAUUUUUUUAGAAUAUCCACAGGUUAUAUCCUAUUUUUCAAACACAAGUGAUAAAUUGUACACACACCAGAUGACGCUGCAAAUACAUUAAAAUUAAGACUCGUGAUUUAAAAAGAAGCUUUGGUUUUGUGUGGGUGUAAUGAUUAUGAUCAGCAAAGUAGUGUCACAGAUUUUCUCAUUAAGUGGAUUUAAAGGGAUAGUUCACCCAAAAAUGAAAAUGUUGUCAUCAUUUACUCUUUCUCAAGUUGUUCCAAAUCUGUGUAAAUGUCUUUGUUCUGCUGAACACAAAGAAAGAUAUUUGGAAGAAUGUUAGCAACUGACAUUUCUGGGGCAUGAUUGAUUACCCUGGUAGGAAAAAUACUUGUAUAUUUUUUGUUCUGUUUAACACAAAAGAAGAUAUUCUGAGGAAUUUAGGAAAGCAAAAAGUUAUGGGGCACCUUUGAAUACCAGUUAAAAAUUUCUACUAUGGUAGUCAAGGAUGUCCCAGAAACGUCAGUUGCUAACAUUAUUCCAUAUGUCUU